AUGGAGCAACUGAUUGGUGCUAUUGAUGGGACUCACAUUCCAAUAUUGCCCCCUAAAAUAGGUUAUAGAGAUUUUGUCAACAGAAAAGGCUGGCGCCAUCCAUGGGUUCUUCAGGGUUAUGUGGAUAAUAAUUACAUAUUUCGUAAUGUCACAAUCAAGCAUCCAGGAAGUGUACACGACGCCACAGUCUUAAAAGAUUCAAGUUUAUACAAAAAUAAUGAACAAUUAAUCCCAAAGCAUAAUUAUAUAAGUAUAAAUGGAAAAGAAAUACCUUUAAUGAUAGCUGGUGAUCCAGCAUACCCACUAUUGCCAUGGUUAUUAAAAGGUUAUACUGGAAGUCUAACACCAGAGCAAGAGUCUUUUAACACUUACCAUUCUUCAGCUAGAAUAUGUGUUGAAAAUUCUUUUGGUCCAUUAAAGGGACGAUGGAGAUGUUUACUAAAGCGAUGUGAUAUAAAUUAUAAAUUUAUGCCACAAGUCAUCUCAGCAUGUUGUGUAUUACACAAUAUUGUUGAACAAUUUAAAGAUAAUUACCAUGCAUCAUGGACAAUGGAAGUAAAUGAAGGAAAUAUAUGUUAUGCUCAACCUAGUCAACGUGAAUUAUCGCAAGAUACAAUAAAUACAAAUUCAAAAGAAAUAAGGGAAAUUCUCAAAGAGCACAUGGCAAUGAAUUAUCCACUAAGAAAAUCUUCAUUUACACGUUAA